AUGAAGCUACUUCUGUUGCUUUUGACUGUUAUCCUGGUCCUGGACCAGGUCACCAAAGCCACAAAGUGUUGGGGUACAUCAGGCAGAUGUAAAACAACAUGUAAGGAGACUGAAGUAUUCUAUAUAUUAUGCAAAACUGGGGAUAAAUGCUGUGUGAAUCCCAAGUAUGUUCCUGUCAAAUUGAAAUAA